AUGCGGGCUGGCAGAAGAAACCACCAGAUUCUUAUUUUUAUAGAGAUCAUAUAUAUCUGGUGGUCAGCCUGGGCAGUUUUCUUCAAACUUGCACCGUGCCAUGCUGCAAAUCUACUUGUCAGGAUAGAAGACCUGUCGACUAGUUGUGACAAAGAUGUAGCUAUCGAUGACCUCACGACCUUCAUAACCACUAUAAUACGUCAUCCCGAUAGUGCCAACCAUGAUAGCCUAGCUAUUCUAGUACAAUAUAAUAUUUUACUAAGAUUUAUAUUAUCAGUAUCUUUAAUAACUAGAUUUCUAGAAAUACUAAUCAUGCUAUUUGGACUGUCAGAAGCUCCUAGUAUCUUCUAGUGUUAUAUUAAUAAUGUCCUGCAAGAUUAUCUACAUAUCUUUUGUACAGUUUACCUGGAUGAUUGCUUAUCUACAGCUGGACCAGAAGCAAACACCUCAAAUAUAUCUGAAUGGUUCUCCGGAAGCUCCUUGGGGCUGGCCUGUAUAUUAAGUCACCAAACUAUAAGUGCGUUGUCCCUGAAACCAAAUUCCUGGACAUCAUAGUAGGCCGUGAUAGAGUCCGCAUACACCCUGAAAAGAUUAAAACCAAACCAACUUGUCUGUCACGGUGUAAGCCUGAAGAAUACUACCCAGGCUGA